GAUUCAGAUGCACGAUCAGGAGCUGCUCGGACCGUGGCACCUGCGGGCAUACAUGCAGUGUUGUAGUUACAAAUAAAGCCCCUCCUCCUCCCCCGGUUUAAACGCUGGUGGUCGGUGCUACGAGACGCGCAUUCCAUUAGCAAGGAUGUCCAUUGUGAGCAUCGUUGCCAGGGAAAUCCUGGACUCUCGGGGAAACCCUACAGUGGAGGUGGACCUGAGGACUGAUAAAGGUCUGUUCAGGGCUGCUGUGCCCAGCGGAGCAUCGACAGGCAUCUAUGAGGCUCUGGAACUCAGAGAUGGAGACAAGAGCCGUUACAAGGGCAAAGGUGUACUGAAGGCUGUUGGUCACAUUAAUGACACUCUUGGACCAGCCCUCAUCGCAUCUGAGAUCAGUGUGGUGGAACAGGAGAAACUGGACAACAUGAUGAUCGAAAUGGACGGCACAGAGAACAAAUCUCAGUUUGGAGCUAAUGCCAUCUUGGGAGUGUCUCUGGCCAUCUGCAAGGCCGGUGCGGCAGAAAAAGGCGUCCCUCUGUAUCGUCAUAUUGCUGAUCUGGCAGGAAACACAGAACUAGUGCUGCCAGUUCCUGCCUUUAAUGUCAUCAACGGAGGCUCCCACGCUGGAAACAAGCUGGCCAUGCAGGAAUUCAUGGUGCUUCCUGUGGGGGCGGAGUCAUUCCGUGAUGCCCUGCGUGUCGGAGCCGAGCUCUACCAGACGCUCAAGGGUGUCAUCAAGGAGAAGUACGGCCAAGACGCCACCAACGUCGGUGACGAGGGAGGAUUCGCUCCAAACAUCCUGGAGAACAGUGAAGCACUUGAGUUGAUAAAGACGGCCAUAGACAAGGCCGGGUUCACAGAUAAAGUCGUGAUUGGGAUGGAUGUAGCCGCCUCUGAGUUCUACCGUGACGGCAAGUACGACCUCGACUUCAAGUCUCCUCCAAACCCAGACAGACACAUCACCAGCGAUGAGCUGUUAGAGAUCUACCAGACGUUUGUCAACGAUUAUCCAGUGGUGUCUAUUGAGGACCCGUUUGAUCAGGAUGACUGGGCCGCUUGGACUAACAUGACGGGCUCCAUGGGGAUCCAGAUUGUGGGCGACGACCUGACUGUGACGAACCCAAAGAGGAUAGAGAAGGCUGCGGAAGACCGCGCAUGCAACUGUCUGCUCCUGAAGGUCAACCAGAUCGGCACGGUCACAGAGGCCAUCCAGGCAUGUAAGCUCGCUCAGGCCAACGGAUGGGGCGUGAUGGUCAGCCAUCGCUCAGGAGAGACAGAAGACACUUUCAUCGCUGAUCUAGUGGUGGGACUCUGCACUGGACAGAUAAAGACAGGAGCUCCAUGUAGAUCUGAGCGUCUCGCAAAAUACAACCAACUUAUGAGGAUUGAAGAAGAACUGGGCGAUCAGGCUCGAUUCGCCGGGCACAAUUUCAGAAACCCUAGCGCUCUGUGAUACUGACAUCACCACACCGAAAUCACACAAAAAAACAACUGACAAACAGAGUAUGUACUGCACUGAACCGACUGACUGCCCUUGACCUCCCCUCAAAUCAUUCAAAAUGCAUUAAAACAGCACUAUUUGCACUGAUAUACAAAAGAUGACUUACUCAGACACUCAAAGUAUAUAUUUAAACUGGACUGUGGACAGGCUUUGAUAGACCAAAUAUUAUGCACAGUGGCUCCUGGACCGACCAACAUUAUGCACAAGUGAUACUGAAUUACUUGACGGGCAAAACAUGUGCACAGGGUGGACAUGCAUGCAUGCGUAUGAUAUAGAAAAUGGACCUUGAGUUUAACAAGGCAAAGACUCUUAAAAAGAAGGAUUUAACUCAGAUGGAAUAAAAGUAGAGAUUUAUUUUAAUCAGGUGUAAUCUUUAAAAUUAAGCUUCAGUUUAGAUGUCAAAUGUAUGUACAUAAAAAAUAAAAAAAAACACUGUCCAUGCUAAAGAAACCAAAAGUAAUUUUUAUGGUUCAUUGCAUGAGAACUAGGCAAAAAUACAUAGAUUUUGGAAAAAGGAGAGUAGAAAAAUCAAAUAGUUACCUGACUAUUUAUGCAGCAGUGGGAUUUUCAAUAGGAAAAUCACGCUGAAAUGAGUGACAUUGACAGUCUAAAAGACAGUUUACGAAGUCAUUUGCCCAGGGCAUUAGAUGCUUUUUAUCAAACAAUACUCUCUUUCUCAGAUGCUGUUUUUUGUGUCCAUCUCUGACCCAAAAGCAUGCUGAGGAAAAAGAGCCUUUUAAAACAAACUGUUAUUCAUUCAAAUCAACAAAUAAAAUAAAAUAGGGUGAAAAAACAUAAAAAGAAAAAGAAAAGUGUGUUUUACUCAUUUUAGCAUAUGAAGCAUUUAAAAUAAUGUGUAGAAUAUAUUUAUUUCCACAAAGUUCAUAAGUUUCUGUAUAUCUUUGUCAUUGAUUUGGAAGGUCUAAAAUAUGUCCUGAGUAUGUUAUGAUAUUGUUGUCUUAUGGCUCCCUACAUAAAUCAACACAGCAAAAAAUGAAUAAAUAAAGAGAAUGAAAUCUAAAGGAUCGAACAUAAAGUUCACAUAUCACUUCUAAUAAUAAUAAUUAUAUUCAAGAACCCCAUAAUCUUCAUAAAUCUACCGGAUUUUCUCAUGCAAUGACUCUUAAAAUGUACUUUCACAUUUUCUUUUACCCUGGAUCUCCAUCCUAAAGGGGAAGUGGAAGUUUUUUUGCAUUGAAUAAAACAAUCUGUAAGUGAGCCAUCUGUUGGCACAUUUCUGGCUCAACCAAUGGCGUGUGUUUGGGGCGGGGCUACCAUUGUCCAAAUAUAUAUAAGAGACUGACAGCUGUAGGAAUGAGACACUUCACUUCUGCUUUAAGAUGAAUGAUUAAAUCCAGUAGUGAAAGAAAGAGAGACAUAAUCACAAUGACAGAUCUGAUUCAAGAACUGGACCGACAGACACGCUUACAUGAAUAGAGACCAAACACAUUCACUCACUCUCUCACUCACAUUUGUGUAGCAAAGUCUCACCCUCAACGCACAUGAUUCCUUAUUCUCCCCCUCUAUGGACUUGCAGUCUGUGUUUCUUCCUUUCUCGUCGUUUUAUCUGUCUCCUCUCCCCCUUCCCCUUCUUGUGGUUAUGACUUGGCUUGUUCCCCCAUACCUGAAAUCUUUUUCCUCCCUGAUGACUUAUCUUUUCAUCAUUUUGUGAGAUUAUUGUGGUGAAAGAAGGAAAAGAAAGCAAGAUGGAGAGAAGAAGAAAAAAAAAAAAAAAGACUGACAAGCCUGUCAGUGAAUAAUGUUAUGGAAUAUUAAAGCUGUCAUUACUUUCGUCAA